UUUAAUAAGUCAACGACUCUGCUUCCCGAGCACACAGACGUCGGAGCAAUAAUGGCGGCGUCGGUGGUAGUCGCAUUGAAGACGCUGUUCAGCCUGUUGGCUUGUGUGAUGUUCGCCACGCUUGUUUGGGCAAUCGCCAUGGAUGGCCUCGCUUCUUGCGUAGACCUUCGCGCAAGGUGGUUGUUUGUGGCGUACAUAAACUUUUACAUAAAUGUUGCUGUUAUAGGGGUUUGGUUUGUUUACAAGGAAUCAAGCUGGAUGAGGGCAGUUGUUUUGAUACUUCUAGAAAUUAUGUUCGGAAGCAUUAUUACAUCUGGAUAUAUCGUUAUACAGUUAUUCAAGUUGUCACCUGAAGAAUCUUCAAAGGAUCCAUUAUAUUUUGUGUUGGUAAAACAUGAAAAAAGGGAUGCCACGGGACAUACGAUGGGAGUGUCUAGUGUUACUUCAAGAAUAAUCAUUUCUUCACUGGGCUGCUUCAUGCUUGGAACUUUUAUUUAUGUGCUUAUUGUUGAUGGAUCUCCAUUUCGUACUCAAGUAUUCUCAACGUGCAUGAUUGGAACACUAACCGACUUCUAUUUUAAUGUAGUAGCUUUAUCGGUGUGGGUAGCAUAUAAGGAAUCAAGUUGGAUAAGUGCUUUUUUGUGGAUACUUUCACUUGUAUGUUUUGGGAGCAUUGGUACAUGUGUCUACAUACUCCGGCAGAACCUCACACCUCAACAGCCUGUUUCCCUUGUGCUUUUCAACAACAAUAAAAGAGACUUGUCAAGCGAUCCUCUAUUGAUGGCGCAUGCAAUUGUAUAACUAUAGUGUUUAGCAGUUUGCUAUUUUUUCUAACAAAAGUGGCAUUUUGAAAUUAGUAUUCACCAUUGAAGACACAUCGUUGUACUAUAUGAAUUAUGAUUCUAUUAUUAGGUAACUACUUUAACUACUUUCCAGAGCAAUAUGGCUAACCAUAUUUGGGACUUGAGAAUGGAGUUGAGAAACUUUUUAGGACUAUUUUUGAUGAGGGG